AUGGGAAGACAAGCAGAUCGUAUUCGAGCACCAGAGAAGUCAGCGAAGAGACCAAAGAUGAAGGAGCGUCUCGACGAACACGCUCGACGGCGCGAAUUCCAGAGGAGACCCGGAACAAGCGCAAGGAAAGUAACGCUUGAGGAAACACCAAGCAGCGACACAGUUUUGCCAGACGAUCGUCGUGGAAGAAGAAAACGCGAAGAUGAAGAACGAAGGCAGAAUGACAGCGCGACCCAAGAAGUUAAGAAAAAUGAGCUCGGAGGCCGAAAAGAACAAAAAGGACCUUCUAGUGAGCGCUCUUUUAGAGAAGAUGCGGAAGCAGUGAAAAGCGGUGGGUUGUCUGAAUUGAUGCCCCCGCCCAAAAGUUUAGAACCACGCCGGACUCAUCGGAAAGGCGAUUCCGACCGGCGAACCACGCGAAGAACGACUGAGACACGACAACAUGCGGAGCCAGUGAGGCAUCCUUCUGAAAAUUGUCGUAAGAAUUCGGCGGAUCAGUCCGGAACGGCCCUCAAGACUGGAGCAUCAAGUUCGGGGCUGAACAUCGAAGAAUUGCUGAGUGCACCAUCAGCAAAGGAAAAGCAAAUAAUGGAUUCGAGUGCUGAGCUUCGCGAUCUCCUCACAGUUCCAACUGCCAAGCAUUCCAUUACGACGCGAAGUUUCCAAAGCCGUGGAGGAUCGAAAGUCCAACAGAUCUGUCCGCGUGGUACGCGACACGAUUGCCUCAUCGAAGCCAUCGAAAAGCACAACGAACUGAAAGUUUGUGGCAAAAUUCAUUUCAGACGUAUCAUGUUUCCACAUACCGAUCUCAGCCUGGGAGAUUGCUCCUAUUUAGACACUUGUCGUCACAUGUCUUCCUGCCGAUUCGUUCAUUAUGAAGUUGAUCUUGAUGUCGGAACUGAAGAACAGAAAUCCGAAUUGUUGGACAGAAUGGACGAUUCAACCAGAACAGCAAUCGGAACGGUUUCGUCUUCUCAAUUGGAGGAACUUCCUGCUCAAUGGAUCCAUUGCGAUAUUCGUAAAAUCGAUUUCAGUAUCUUUAGAGGCAAAGUGAAAAUAGUGAUGGCAGAUCCUCCUUGGGACAUCCACAUGGAUUUACCUUACGGUACAAUGACGGACAAUGAGAUGAAGUCAUUGAGGCUGGAUCAAGUUCAAGAUGAAGGACUUCUCUUCCUAUGGGUUACAGGUCGUGCUAUGGAAUUGGGACGUGAAUGCAUGCAGCUGUGGGGUUAUCGCCGUUUAGAAGAGAUUGUUUGGGUGAAAACGAAUCAAUUGCAACGCGUCAUUCGAACUGGUCGCACUGGUCAUUGGCUUAAUCAUUCAAAAGAACAUUGCUUAGUUGGAAUUAAAGGUGAUCCCAAACUCAAUCGCCAUCUCGAUACAGAUUUGAUCGUCGCUGAAGUGCGUGAAACAUCAAGGAAGCCUGACGAAGUUUAUAGAAUCAUUGAGAGACUUUGCCCCUGGUCCUUAAAAUUAGAACUCUUCGGAAGGCAACAUAACGUCCGGAACAAUUGGAUUACUUUGGGUAAUCAACUAGAUGCUGUUCGGUUGCAUGAUGCCAGCCUCGUUCACCGUUAUAACUCUUACGCUUCAAAGUCUGGUUUGCCUCUCUAUGACCAAGUUAGAGAGCAUCAGCCCCCUGACGGUCAUUAA